AUGAAGGUUCAUGAAUACUUGAAGAUUCAGCAGCAAGAAAAAGCACGCCAGAGAGAAGCCGAAAGACAGGAACGCUACGAGUUGCAGAGAUUGCAGGAGAUUGAUGCACAGGAAUAUAAGAAAAAGCAAGAAAUGGAACAGCGUAGCAGGCGCGAGCUAUGCAAGCGCCAGCAAGAACUUCUCGUUAAGCAGAUGGAAGAGCGCAAACUUAACAAGGAUAUUUUAGUUAGUCAGACAGAGAUGAAGCUGAAUCGCCAACUUCUUGAAGAAGUCAACGACUAUCUACUUCACAAACCACGCCCUUCGCAGGAGGUUCAGUCAAUCACAUCACUUUACUGA